UUUAUAUUAAUUGAUAAAUAUCAACAAGACGACAAGUCGCUCGCUGACCGUCGCGGGUGGUGGACGUCGUCGUUACAACAGACGUUCCAAAAAAUAAUAGAUAUAAGUUUUUCUUUCUUCUAAAUAUCGGUGAUAUUGACGGUGGACCUGUGCCGAAUUGGAAGUUUUUACAAGAUGAAGCUGCUAGUACUGGUGCUAGCCUUAUCGGCGGUGUACGCGGAAGAAAUCCCGCCUUCCUGCGAUAAGCCCGUAUACUGCGACAGCAAACUUCUUCACGCCGUGCAACUAUUCCGCAUUUUCGAAGACUCAAAAACCUUCGUUGAUCUCGAACUGAAAAACGACGCAAAUACCACGCUAGCAGCGUUUGACGAUCUCUUGAACAAAACUAAUAACAACCCGACAAAACCCCAAAUCGAAGAAUUUGUUGAUGAACACUUCAGUUCCGUUGGCGAGCUAGAUAAUUGGACGCCACCGGAUUACAAUGCUCACCCAGCAUUCUUGGCAGGCAUCCGAGAUGAACGUUUUAGGGACUUUGGAAAAGCUGUUAACGACAUCUGGCCGAUUCUCGGUAGAAAAGUGAAGUCAAUUGUCUUUGAGCAACCAGACCGAUUCAGUUUGAUCCCUGUCCAUAAUGGAUUCAUUAUUCCGGGUGGUCGGUUCACAGAACUGUAUUAUUGGGAUACUUAUUGGAUCAUUGAAGGCCUCCUCGUCAGUGGGAUGCACGAAACAGUCAAGGGCGUUAUAAAGAAUUUGCUGGAACUAGUAAAGAUAGUUGGCCAUGUUCCUAAUGGCAGCAGAUGGUAUUACAAAGAGCGCAGUCAGCCACCUUUGCUAUCCGCAAUGAUGUCCCUGUACAUUCGAGCCACGAACGAUAUCAAAUUUUUGAAAGAGAACAUAGAAGUUCUUGAAGAGGAGUUAGAGUACUGGUUGGAUACACAAUUGAUUACAUUCAAUAUUUGCGACAGGGCUUACACUUUGUUGCGCUACAAUGCACCCAGCGCAGGCCCCCGCCCUGAAUCGUAUUAUGAGGAUUACACCAACGCUCAAAAUUUCGAUACAAAAGAACGUCAACAAGAGUUUUACACAGACCUAAAAAGUGCAGCUGAAAGUGGCUGGGACUUCUCCACGCGUUGGUUCAUUAAUAAAGAUGGAAAUAACAACGGUACCUUUUUGACGCUGCGUGCCAGUAAAAUUAUUCCUGUCGACUUAAAUGCCAUUUUCGCUAAUGCCCUUAAAAAAGUUGCACACUUCCAAGCACUGUUGCAUAACCGCCGUAAAGGUGCACAUUGGGCAUACCUCGCUAAGCAGUGGAGAAAUACUAUCAAGGAGGUUUUGUGGAAUAAUGAGGAUGGAAUUUGGUACGAUUGGGAUUUGGAAAACAAACGCCACCGCAAAUUCUUUUACCCGAGCAAUGUCGCUCCUUUAUGGAUGGGCGCUGUUGAUAAAGAGUUUGUCAAAAUGAACGCUCCACGAAUUCUGGAUUGGCUGGUCAAAUCGAAGGGUCUUGAUUACCCCGGUGGUAUACCGACAUCCCUUAUCCAAUCUGGAGAGCAAUGGGACUUCCCUAAUGCGUGGCCACCUCUCGUCAGUUUAGUGGUAAACGCUUUAGAAGCAUUGGAAACUAAGGAAUCUGUUCAAAAGGCUCGUAAAGUUGCCCAAACAUGGCUUCGAGCAUGUCUAAAAGGAUUCAGUACCAACAAACAGAUGUUUGAAAAAUAUGACGUUGUGCAACCUGGUAAAAUAGGUGGUGGAGGAGAAUAUAAUGUUCAGACUGGGUUUGGUUGGUCGAACGGUGUAGUACUGGAGUUCCUUGCGAAGUAUGGUCGUGUAGUUACAUCGCAAGAUUCAGCAGAUUUGAGUGUUAUACCAGCGAAUUUAUCAAAUAACACAUCAGCUUAGUUAUGUUUACUAAGUUGUCCGCGCUCUGGCGACGUAAAGUUUAGCAUAAUGUUAGUACAUAAUUUAAGAAGAUAUGUUCCACUAUAUCCAGUCUUGGGAUUGCUCGGCGCGUGUGCUCAAGCGUUCAGUGUGGUGUCGUCCUGUAAUUCCUCCAUCUACUGCUCCGGAGAACUUCUGCAUAAAGUGCAACUCGCCCGUAUUUUCCCAGAUUCAAAAACAUUCGUCGACCUCAAACUCAAAUAUUCUGAAAAUGAAACACUGGCACAUUUUGCGAAACUAAUGCACGACACAGAUCAGAAUCCGUCGCGAGAACAACUAACAAAUUUUCUCGAUCAACAUUUCUCGGAGGGAAAUGAGCUCGAAGAAUGGCACCCGCCCGAUUUUGACCCAGAUCCGCCUAUAUUGCUGCAAAUUUCAGAUCUAAAACUAAGGGCAUUUGCAAAAAGUAUCAUCGGAAUAUGGGCCAAACUGGGGCGAAAAGUUCAAGACGAUGUUAAAAUAAAUUCCGACCGUUUUAGUUUUUUAUACGUGCCAAAUGGAUUUAUUGUACCGGGCGGAAGAUUUAAGGAACUGUAUUAUUGGGAUUCGUUUUGGAUGGUACGAGGCCUUUUGAUUAGUAACAUGCCCCAAACGGCUAAAGGUAUGAUCGAAAACCUUUUGUAUCUAGUCGAAAAGUAUGGAUAUAUUCCCAACGGCAGUCGAGCCUAUUAUCUAGGUAGAAGUCAACCGCCUCUUUUAGCUGCUAUGGUAGCAAGUUAUUAUUCUGCUACUGGAGAUCUUGCGUGGCUUGAACGUAAUGUUGGCACUGUUGAAAAAGAACUGCAGUAUUGGUUAGAUAAAAAGAAAGUGACUGUCGAAGUUAAAGGAAAUAAAUAUAUGUUGCUUAGGUAUUUUGCGGACAGGGAAAGCAGGGGUCCGCGGCCAGAAUCUUACUUCGAAGAUUUCAGUAAUGCCCGUACCCUGCCAAACGAAGAAAUGCGCGAAGACUUUUACACGGAAAUGAAAAGCGCUGCUGAAAGCGGAUGGGACUUUUCUUCUAGGUGGUUCGUGACCGCUCACAAUGAAGUAGGAAACUUAACGGAUGUACACGCGACUCGUAUUCUUCCCGUAGAUCUCAAUGCCAUAUUUGCCGGUGCCCUUGAACUAGCCGGAUUUUUCCGAAACAAACUGAAGGAUAGAAGAGAAGCUCAGAAGUGGUGGAGCUUAGCUAAGUACUGGAGGAGUGCUAUAGAGAACGUUAUGUGGGAUUCACAAGACGGUGUUUGGUAUGAUUACGACUCUCUAGCAAUGGCUCCAAGAAAACAUUUCUAUCCUAGUUGUGUCACUCCAUUAUGGUCCGCUGCGGUAGAAGAUUACAAUGCUCCGAAAUAUGCGGAACGUAUAGUGAAGCACUUACUUUCAUCUGGUGCUCUCGACUUUCCUGGUGGCAUCCCAGCGUCAGUCCUCCAUUCUGGUGAGCAAUGGGACUUUCCCAAUGCCUGGCCUCCGUCGCAAAGUAUCUUAAUAGGUGGAUUAGAUUCAAGUGGCAACGAAGAAGCUAAGAGAUUGGCGAAAGAGCAAGCGGGCUUGUGGAUUCGUUCUAAUUACAUCGGCUAUAGCACUUGGCAGAAGAUGUUUGAAAAGUACAGUUCGUUGCAACCUGGACAUCAGGGUGGUGGAGGGGAAUAUGGGGUCCAAGAUGGGUUCGGUUGGACGAAUGGUGUGGUGCUCGAGCUAUUGCAAAGAUAUGGUAAUGAGUUAGUCCUUCAUGAGCAACCUGGAGACCUUACACCAAAUAUUCGACUUGUAUUAUAACAAAAGCAAGCAACUCAGUUGUGCUGUUCCUGUGUACUAUGCGUGAGCAUAAUUUUAGUCUUGUGCACUUUAUAAAUGUAUAAAAUUACUGCCUAUCCUGAAUUUUUAACUGAUUCAAAAAUGGUGGUGUUUCAUUUGACGCUUAGGUAUUGGUAUCCAUCCAUUUACCUACACAUGCUAUCCUGGUAAAAUUCCAGUGCGGUGACAUUUGCAUAGUUUAGUAUACAUAAACAGUUAAAAUGUAGGUUCAAAUCAAAUAAUUGCUUUGAACUUAUAACAAUUGUGUACAAUAGUUAGCAAGGUACAUGCAAUGUGUAAAUAGGAGUUUGGAAUUAAUAUAAUUAUCAGGGUAAAAGUGGCACAAGCAAUUAAUUUAAGUAGGUAACGAUUGCGGUUAUUUCUACGUAGUUUGUAAGAAAAAUGUGUGAUAUAAGUAUCUAAUAUAUGUAUCUGUAUACAUAAAAUGUAAACAUAGAUUCGACUUAUAGGUACAUGGUUAAUUGGAAAGGGGAAGGGACCUUGCAAAGCUAUGGUCAAAGCUCUCACCCUAUCGGCCAUCGCUUUGAAUAUCCAGUGAUAGUAUAAAACUUUUUCUUGAUAUCAAUACUUUAAAGAAAUAAUACAAAGUAAACAAAGAAAGUUUUUAGAAAAAAACAUUUUGGCCUUUGGGUGACAACCAUAAGAUCAGUUGUGUUUACACUUCAGCUUAAAAAGGAUCACGGUUAAAUAGGACCUAGGCAAAAAAAAGAAAGAAGAUCCUAAAUUAUAUUAAACGAAUAAUUAUUAACACUAGCGUUUGUACGCACACACAUACACGUGUAAAUAUGAUGGCAAGACAUUUGAAAUUGAGUUGUAAAUUUUUUUCUUAGGUUAGGUACCUACUAAUUGGGAACCUAAAUUAUAUACGUUACUUGAAA